AUGGGUGGUGUCACUGUUCGCGAUGUUGACGCUCAAAAGUUCAUUGAUGCAUAUGCUGCUUUCUUGAAGAGACAAGGAAAGCUCCCAAUUCCAGGUUGGGUUGAUACCGUCAAGACCAGCGCAUCCAACGAGCUCCCACCUCAAUCUAUCGACUGGUACUACGUUCGUGCUGCUGCCAACGCCCGUCACAUCUACCUCCGCAAAACCGUCGGUGUCGGCCGUCUCACCAAGGUCCACGGUUCAACCAAGAACCGUGGUUCCAGACCAUCCCACCACGUUAACGCCUCCGGAUCUGUUGACCGUCACGUUUUGCAAUCCCUCGAGAAGAUCGGUGUUUUGGAGCAAGAUGAGGAGAAGGGAGGUCGUCGUAUCACUCAAUCCGGACAACGUGAUUUGGACCGUAUCGCACAAACCACCGUUGAGGCCGAUGAGGAAGAAGAUGACGAGUAAAUUAUUUACAUCAUGGUCUGGGAAUGGGAAAUCUUUACGGGGUUUGGGCUAUAUGGUGUAUCACAUAUAAAUAAAAGCUCGUCCUGAAGCACUUUGCUUUUCAUUAUACCCCAUUUGUUAUUACGGUUAACGUGGACGUGAAAAAGUAUCAUUUUGAAUUUAAUGAAUCAAAUCUUUGAACCUGUGAUUUU